UCUGCAUUCAUCUGUCUUUUGUUUCCUUCGGCUAGAUGUUUAUCAACGCCCGUCGUUGAAUGGAAGAAAAAUGAAUGAAUGAAUCCAGCAUUACAAUGUGGAAGCCGUUUUUAUUUUGUGUGAUAGAAGAACAUGUCUAAAUAAGGACAUUUGAAAGACAUCCAAUGAUCAACAAUCAAGAUGAAUUGUGUUCCCUGCUUUGAGUGUGGGGAAGGAUACACCAUUACCAGAGAGAACCUUGAUCGGUGGACUGACAGUGUCAAUAAUGUUCUGGCCAGUACUGAUGGACGACAUCAUUUCAAGAGAUACUUAGAGUCACGUAAUUUUGAUGAAAGCCUGAGCACAGUUGAAUUCUGGGAGCGCUGUGUUAGAAUCAUGCCCACCAAGACAGACGGAGGUGAUUCUCCUCCUCCUGCUCCUUCCGAAUCACUCUUUAGCUUUUCAAGUUCUUCACAGGGUGAAUGCAGUACCUCAUCUAGUUCUCAUCAUUCAUUCAAUGCUCCUACUAGCUCUAGCGUUGCAAAAACUUCACAAGUGUCAGAAAAUCUGCACCGUGAGCUGGAAUUGUUGGUGGAGUUUGCUAACAAUUAUGUCAAUUUAGAUCUUGCUCAAAUGAGAAAUCUGUAUAGAAUGAUGAGAUUAACAGACGAAGCAAAAGUCAUAGAAGCACUUUUACAAGCCAAACAAAGUGCUAUGGAAUUACUUGCAGAUGAUUAUGAACUCUUCAGGGAGCAUUUGCUGAAGAGUCAAGGUCUCUUAAAAAGAUAGUAGAAGAAAUUGUUUUCUCAAAAGAAAUACGUAACAUUCUGUUUGAGGAAUGAUUAGCGAAUGUACCUUAGUUAACUAUCAUGGGACCUUUUGGUCUCAAAUAUUGUUCAAACUGUAGAAAUAGCUAACUCUGGAAGACUUGUGUUACUUUAUUUCAUGUUAUUAGUUGUCAUUUACUUUUCUAUGUCCUAAGAUGUCUUUGGUGGUAGCUUUUGCAAUUUUGCACCCUCGAAUCUUAAAUUCUUUAGGAUAUAAGAAGAAUGUAUGUUCUGAAAUUAAUGUCUUAUGUCAUUGACAAUACCUCACUGUCAUUUUGUAGUUUUUAUAGAGAAAAAAAGUGUCCAUCCAUAUUCAAAGACUGCUUCAAUGUAUCCAACAAAAAUGUUGGAUUUUUCUUGGGCCAAUUAUAAAUAUUAUUUUUAGAAUGAGUUUUGUGGUAAGGUAAAUACCAAUAACUACUCAGUGAAACAUAACAGUUCAGGGUCUCCUAUAAAUUUGCCUUACAAAUUAUUCGCCUAAGAAUGUUAUUGCUAUUUAUUUAUUUAUUUGUUGUUUUUUCUCCCGGUUGGUGGGUGUGUGGUGUGAGACUAACCUAUGGUGGCUUUGUUUUUAGAUUUUAGUGCUCGUUAAGACUAAAAUGUUCAUAAUACGGGAAAAACAGUUGGAAGUUCCUAAGUUCACGUUUGUAACAUCACUUAUUCACAAAAAUAUUUAAGUUGGUAGGGAUGCUUUUCAAUGAGUGUGAUUGACUUUUUUUUUGUACUUAAUUUUUAUGCCUAAAUAUGGAAUGUUUGUAAAAAUUUGACAAAAUAAACGAUGUUAUCAAA